AUGUCUGAUCGGAAGGAGCGUUCCUGGCAGCUGCUGCUGCUGCUAAUCUGCUUUGGACUAAUCCCCGCGGAGGUUAUCGCCAAUUCCAUACCGCAUCCCUGCCAGAAUGGUCAGGCCUAUGUCAAUGGCGCUUGCAGUCAAGUCAUUGUAAAUGUGUUUAAUGGUGUGUGCGGUGGUCAAACAGGGAUAGCUUGUAAUCCUGUGGCUUCUGUUGUUGUUCCUGGAACUCCUGCUUGUCCGAAUGCUCCUUUAAAUCCCAUUGAGGUACCUAGUGUUCCUGGUAUUGUUCCUGGAACUCCUGCUUGUCCGAAUGCUCCUUUAAAUCCCAUUGUCGUACCUAGUGUCCCUGGUAUUGUUCCUGGACUCCUGUUUGCUCCUGGUAUUGUUCCAGGUACUCCAGCUUGUCCCAAUACUCCCUUAAAUCCCAUUGAGGUACCUAGUGUUCCUACUCCUGCUUGUCCGAACGCUCCUUUAGAUCCGAUUGUUGUUCCUAGUGUUCCUGGUAUUGUUCCUGGUAAACCUUCUUGUCCCAAUGCUCCUUUAAGUCCCACUGUUUGUCCUCCUGCUAAUUGCAAUCAGCAAACUCAAUGUCCUAAUAAUUGUCCAACUAACUGUCCCAAUACUCCCUGCCCGACAACUCCUCCCACUCUUAAGCCUACACCAACUGAGAGGCCCUAUCCACCACCCCCGCCAUAUACCACACAACCUCCUGACCCAAUCCCAAUCCCCGCUCCACCUCCGGAUCCCAUUACCCGCUGUCCAGAUGGAACGAUUCUGGUAAAAGGCGCCUGUCGCUUGCUCUACUGCGGGGGAUAUGGAAUCAAUGCCGGAGGACGCUGCGUUCAGGCACGCUGCCCCGCAGGAUAUGUUUGGACGGGAAUCAGGUGCUCAAAGCCCAAGCCAGUGGAAAUUGGCAAUAUCCACAUUGAGAACUAUGUCCAACAGAAGGCUGGUGCUCUCCCCCACCUGGUUACCAAAAAUGUGAACAAUGUCAAGGUCAACGCCUCCAUCGCAAUCCAAGGUCCAGCCUCCGAGGAGGAGGAGGAGGAGGAAGAGAAAGUAGUUGUGCCGCAGCCGCCCUCGGGUCCAUGCUGCAAUGUGGUGGCUCCUCGGAUUUGCACCACCCAGGCGGAUCAAGUCGGAUACAAGUGCUUCAGCAGGAGUCAGCAGCAGUGUGGUUCCUUCUGCAGUGCCAACAAGGUGGUGCUCACACCGCCAGCAGUAGCCACCUGGACGCAGGCCAACACCCAGAUGGUGGUAAUGCCGCCCAACUGGGCGGGUCAAGGAUGCCAGUCCAUCGGUGGCAUCUGCCAGCAGGCUCAAAACUUCUACGACUGCAGCGGCUGUGCGAUGGGUGACUUUUCGACCUGCUCCUCGUACUGCUACUCAUACAAGUGCAGCAGCCACAACUGCGCCUAUUAUGACCAAACCGAAUACUGCUCCCAAUAUCCUGGACAAAUCGGCUGCCGAGCGGAUGACGGAUGGUUCCCGGCAACAGACAAAAUGCAAAAUUAAUGUUAAGAGACUAUUACUCAAAUAAUUACCCUUAUGCUGAAGGAUAUGUUAAAA